AUGCCUUCGGCCACGAAGCACAACCUUACCGAGGACGACAUAUAUCGCACAUCAACGCAGUAUCGCUUCUGGUCAUUCUCUCCCGAGCAAUUGUCCGCACGCCGCAAAGAAACCCACCGACUCGCCCUCCAACGAGCAGCACAAUACACUCAAAACGAUGCAUCCACCGAACAUCUCACCCUCGAAGAGGAACUUCGCCUCGUAACCCGAUAUGCCGAACUCCUCCGCACUACCUCCGACCACCUGAAAUGGCCCGCCAACAUCAAGUCAACCGCCAUCCAAUACCUCAGACGAUUCUACUUGAGCAAUUCGUGCAUGACAUAUCCUCCGAAAGAAAUAUACAAGACAGUGCUCUUUCUCGCGAGCAAAACUGAGGCCUUCCAUAUCACACUGAGCAAAUUCUGCUCCAUGAUCAGUGCGGAUCCAGAGGCUGUUCUGGCGCCAGAGUACAAAGUGAUGCAAGCGCUGCGAUUCACACUGGACGUACGGCAGCCAUUUCGGGGACUGAAGGGAGUGCUGAUGGAGUUGAUCAACCUGGUGGAUGAGGAAAGAGAUGGUCUGAAGGAUCUCAAACCCCCAGAAGGCGGAGCGACGUCGUGGAAGCCGCCUCCAGGAGGCAAGAUGGAGAAGAAACACAUGAACGAUCGUGUGCAAGCCGCAUAUGCUGCUGCACGCAAUAUGCUCGAUGCACCUGCAUCGCUCACGGACGCAUACUUUCUCUACACGCCUAGCCAGAUUUUGCUGGCGUCUCUGUUGCUCGCAGACGAGCCAUUGUACGAAUGCUACCUGGGCACGAAACUGACAUUGGAUUCACCUACACGGCCGAAGAUUCUUGGAACUAUUCAGGACUGUGCACAGCUCAUGUCAAGCUACGAUUCAAAAGCAAGUAUGACGAAGGAGGAGCGCGCGGAGUUGGAGAAGAAGCUGGAAGCAUGUCGGGACCCCAGUACCAAAGACAUGGUUAAGAAUCAUGCGGCUAUGAAGCUGAAUGCCGAUGAUGAUGACAGCGAUGCGAAGCGGAAAAAGGCCGAGAAGCAGCAGAAGACGAGAGCGGCAGACGAUAUGUUCGGUCCGAGUCUGGGCAAGGGGUGA